CUGCCCAAGAGGAGCAUGUACCCUGCCUGUUAAACCAGAGGUACAAACCCUACCACAAAUAUGAAUACCUGUACAAAGCUGAGUCUUUGAAUGCUAUCAAUGGUGCAUCACAGCUCAAGAAUGGACCUACGGCCACUUGCAAGGUUGAAAUCGAAGUGCCUCAGACUUGUAGUUUCAUCGUCCGCACCACUGGUUGUAGCUUGAAUGAAGUGGUUGACAUGGAUGUAGAGGGAAACCCUGUGUUCGGUCCCACGUCCAGCUCUCACAACUUUGCUGUUGAAAUGGAGAGAUAUCCUCUGAAGGUUGUGGUUGAGGGUGUAUAUGAUGUGAACAUUUACCCUGAAGAUGGUGAGACAACAACCAUUCUGAAUGUCAAGAGAGGCAUUAUCUCUGCCCUGGCUGUUCCUCUGGUAGACGAAGAUAAGAACAAGAACAUGCCCACUAUCCACGGCAUGUGCAAGACCCAUUACUCCAGCAACUCUAGAGAGGAGAGCACAACUGGCAUAAGCCUCACCAGAGAUCUGUCCACAUGUGACAAAUUUGUCCCAAUUAGAGAUCACACCAGUCCUCUGGCACUUAUCUCUGGGAUGCACUACCCUCUUGCCCAGUUGAUCAGAAGCUCCCAGACGUGUAAUUACAACUUUGACAAUGAGAAGAAACACAUGACCUCUGGAUCCUGCACUGAGAUACAUAUCCUCGUUCCCUUUUCACACAAGGGAGAAUACGGAGUUACCAAUGUUGGAAAGCAAGAACUGACUCUGGUUGAGGUUUCUCCUCACAAUGACAGAGUUUUCGACCACAGUGGCAUUGUCAAGGGUCUUCACAUGGAGGCUGUUGAGGACAAGAGUGUUGUCCAGGAUAAAGAUGCAGGUCUGAGCCUCCUGAGA